AUGUCCCACCCCCCUGUGUGGGACAAAGCAGUGUUUGCAGCCAGGAAUGAGGAAGCCAAGACCAGCCCCGCGCCCGCUGCCACGUAUCGCCACGGCCGGAGCCAUCCCACCGGCCCCGAGGGCAGCAACCGGCUCCGGCGCUCCGUGCUCCCCCCCCGGGACACCGGGGGGCUCUGGGAGGUGCCUGGCCAGGGUGUCCCCCCCCCCGCAGCCGCCGCGCUGGCCUCGGCGGGGAGCCCGGCAGGGGAGGUGCCGGUUCGUCUCACAUUCAGCUUCUGGGACUACGGCGUCUUCGGGCUGAUGCUGCUCAUCUCCACCGGCAUCGGGCUCUUCCACGGCCUGGCCAAGGGCGGCCAGAAAACCUCGGAUGAUUUCUUCACGGGGGGGAGGCAGAUGUCGGCGCUGCCCGUGGGGCUCUCGCUCUCCGCCAGCUUCAUGUCGGCCAUCCAGGUGCUGGGGGUGCCGGCCGAGGCGUACCGGUACGGAGCCAAGUUCCUCUGGAUGUGCCUGGGUCAGAUCCUCAACACCCUCCUCACCGCCUACCUCUUCCUCCCCGUCUUCUACCGCCUGGGGCUCACCAGCACCUACGAGUAUCUGGAGCGGAGGUUCAGCAGGAGCGUCCGGCUGUGCGGGACCCUGCAGUACGUGGUGGCCACGAUGCUGUACACUGGGAUCGUCAUCUACGCCCCCGCCCUCAUCCUCAACCAAGUGACUGGGCUGGACAUCUGGGCGUCCCUGCUCUCCACUGGAGUCAUCUGCACCUUCUACACCACCAUAGGUGGGAUGAAGGCUGUCAUCUGGACAGACGUCUUCCAGGUCAUGGUCAUGCUCUCGGGUUUCAUCGCUGUGGUCAUCCGGGGGGUGCUGUUGGUGGGGGGUCCCGCCAGGGUGCUGGACAUUGCCAACAACGGCUCCAGGGUCAACUUCCUUGACUUCAACCCGGACCCGCGGAGCCGAUACACGGUGUGGACCUUCCUGCUGGGUGGGACACUGGUCUGGCUCUCCAUGUACGGUGUCAACCAGGCCCAGGUCCAGCGCUACGUGGCCUGCAGGACCGAGAGGGAGGCCAGGAUGGCGCUGCUGGUGAACCAAGUGGGGCUGUUGUGCAUCGUCAGCAGCGCGGUGGCCUGUGGCCUCGUCAUGUUUGCGCUGUACCGGGACUGUGACCCCCUCCUCGCCGGCCACAUCUCGGCUCCAGACCAGUACAUGCCUUACCUGGUCCUCGACAUCUUCAAGACCACCCCAGGGGUACCAGGGCUGUUCCUGGCCUGUGCCUACAGCGGGACCCUCAGCACUGCCUCCACCAGCAUCAACGCCAUGGCGGCCGUCACCCUCGAGGACCUCGUCAGGCCCCGGCUGCCUGCGCUGUCACCACGGAGGCUGACCCACAUCUCCAAGGGGCUCUCGCUCAUCUACGGCACCUCCUGCAUCACGGUGGCAGCCCUGGCCUCGCUGCUGGGCGGUGGGGUGCUGCAGGGCUCCUUCACGGUGAUGGGGGUGAUCAGCGGCCCCUUGCUGGGGGCGUUCGUCCUGGGCAUGUUCCUGCCGCGCUGCAGCACGGCCGGCGUGCUGGGGGGCCUGGCCACCGGCUUUGCCCUCUCCUUCUGGGUGGCAGUGGGGGGCACGAUGCACCCCCCCAGCGCUGCCACCAUGGGGGUGCUGCCCUCCUCUGUCACCCUCUGCCCACCGCUCAACGGCACCAACGGCACCGGCCCGGGACUCCAGGAGCCCCCUGAGCCCACACAACCAGGCAUCCUGGGUGACUUCUACGCCAUCUCCUACCUGUACUACGGGGCGCUGGGGACCCUCAGCACGGUGGUGGCCGGGGUCCUGCUCAGCUGCCUGCCAGGGCUGACCAGGCGGACGCGGCAGCCCCCGGCCGUGCUGUGGUGGGACAUCGUGAGGCAGCCGAGCUCGGUGUCCCCCGUGGGCACCAAGACCCCUGGGGACGAGCCCCUGGGCAAAGGUGAAGCCCCCCAGGCGCUGGUGGCCAGGGAGGACACCUCCUCCUGGCACCUCCCCGAGCCCGGCACCCCCACCGACCUGCUGCUGCGGGAGACCCACGUGUAG